AUGGAGAAGCUUCUAGAGUUACCAAAUGAGUUGGUGGAAAUGAUAUUUAGUUUCAUUCCACGUGAAGCUUUAAAAUUUCUUACUACUGUUCCAUUCCUUGCAAAUUAUGCUAAUAGGUCUAUAUUUUCAUCAGUUGUAAUUGAUCCUGAUGUCAAAUAUACUAGACCAACAGAGGUGUUUGUUGAUGAUUAUAUCCCGGUGAUUAUUUCCCCUAAGGAAUUAGUGGCCAUUGCUAAAAGUUACGGUUUCUUUCCCAAAAAAAUCAAAUUUGAAGAACCGUAUGACGCGUUGACUUUAGCUAACCAAUGCCCUCAGUAUUUAAAGAGUGCCAAAAUUCAUCUCCAAAUUUGGGGUUUUGACCAAGAAAAGAAACUUGAAAGAUUUAUUGAAGAGUUCAAGUUGAAUCCGUUUAUCGUUGACACAAUUUCCAAUGCUCCCGGGAACUUUGGGGAACUCGAUUAUGAUAAUCCUGUAUUAUGGGAACUAAUAAAAAACGUGACAUCCUUCAUUGACACAGAUAAGUGUUAUGAAGUCUUUAACAAUAUAAAGUCAUUAACGUCUCUUAGCAUUUAUUGUACCAUGAAAACAGAGAAUGUGAGACUUUUUCCAAGGCAAUUAAAAAAGUUGACGUGCUUUUGUGAAGGUAGUAAUGAACAGUUGCCCAAAUUUGAUAAUCUUUUGAAUCUAGAAAGUUUGUUUUUCACUUAUAGAAUUCUGCUUGUAGUGAAUUGUUUUCCAAAAAUUGACAUUUCACUGCUUAGUAAGCUCCAUACUUUAGAACUUUACCAAUCGAUCGAAAAAGAUUGCGAGACGAAUCUUCCAACUUGGGUUCUUCCUGCCAGCCUUAAAUUCUUACAUAUAAAUCCCCUUCAAAGCUUGAGGAAGUCGUGGAACGAAAUUUGUCCAAAUUUGGUUAAAUUUUACAUUAGAUCAGUUGGACGUGAUUGGGACAACUUACUGUUUAGUCAAGUACUGAAGAAAGAGGUAUUUGAUAUAAUUAAUACUCAAAGGUUGAUACAUUUGGAAAUGCCUACUAGCUUAAUAUCUGAUUAUGGCAAGCGUUCAAAGCUUAUAAAACGAUUUCAAAGUCUGCACCCAAAUAGGAAUUUGUUUUCUUUACCAUCAUCAUUGGAAACAUUGAUUUUAUACCCUGGAUACAAAAGUCCAUCGAUGCAUGCGUUUCUAGAUUUCGAGUCUAACAGAUUAAAAAGGCUCAAGGAAAUACAACUUUUGGGUGUACACGAUUUGAACUACUUGGGAACUAUACCAAGCUCUGUGGUAAGGGCAAAGUUAGAGUCAGUUGGCAUAAAUGAAUUAUUACCAUUUUCAUUUGCAAUAAAUUUAGUUCAACUAUCGUUAUCAGAUCUCAUGAUCGGUAAAGCAUUUUCAAUGUCUUUUCCCGAUUCUUUAAAAAGGUUGAUAUUAACUACUAGUGGUAUUGAAAAGGCAAACAUAGGUGCAAGUGGACUUGAAUAUUUGAAUUUGGAGAGGAAUGAUUUUAGAACCUUGAACGAUGAAACAUUAAUCAUCCCUCAAGGAUUAAAAGAGUUAGAUUUAUCCAAUAAUAAAAUUGAUGGAGUUGCGAUGAAUCUUCCACCUAAAUUGAGUGUUUUGAAAUUAAACAAAAAUAAAAUCAAAUUCAUCAAACAAGUACCUAUGCAUUUGAAAACAUUAGAAUGUCGUGAUAAUGAAUUAGGAAGUGUGUUAACAAAAUCAAACCUCCCAGAUAGUUUAACACGACUUGAUUUUAGUGCUAACAAAAUUGAUGAUAACUGGAUUUCCACAAUUAACUUGAUAGAACUAACUGGAUUGAAAAAUCUAUUUCUAGCAAGAAACAAAUUAACUGUAUUUGAUCCUAGCUGUUUAUCAGAUAGUUUAGUGGAAUUGAAUUUAUCAAAAAAUCGGAUUGCUUCUUUGACCAAUCUGUUUCAAAAAUUGAAGAAUCUAAAUUCGAUAAACUUGCUGCUUAAUAAACUACAAGGAUAUUUUUCAAACAAGAGAGAGAAUAAAGAAGAUGUUUUUGGGGAAAAUAUCCGAACCAUUGAUGUUAUAUGUAACCGUUUAACUAGACAUGAUAUUAUUGGGUUAUUUACUGAAAUAUCAAAAAAGGAUAAAUUCGAAAGAUUAGAUGUUGAGGAAGAAUUAAUCCCACCAUUAUUAAAAGAAGCUGAUUCCAGACAAAGGAAAAUGAGACGAUUGGAUUGA